GAGAGAGGUAGAGCGAGCGCGCAGGGGAAGAGAGUACUGAGGCGGCGGAAAAUGCAGGCAAGACACUGAAAGCUGGGUUGCUGGAGGAAAAACAGGAGAAUGCCGACUGCUUGCCAAGCCUAGAUAGAAACAUUAGUAAGCAAGAAUGAAGAAGUACAGAGAGCGUGUGGAAAUUGAGUGAUCUGUCCAAAUGUGUGUGUGAUGUGCAACUGGCUGUGCUUAAACCACAGCGUGGAGUGUGUUUGUGUAGCCGGUCUGAUUGUCUGCGCCACCAGGAAAACGUGCCUGGUGGAUUAUGAGAGAUCAAGAAGAGGACGAUUGUGUGUGUGUGUGUGUGUCAGAGUGUGUGAGUUUAAUGGUGAACAAAAGGGUUAGGUGCAGCUUGUCCGCGAGUGUGCGUGUUUAGAUUGGAAAAGCGUGCAGCUGGAGAGUUGCCUGAGGAACAGGAAAAGAUAGUCCAGAGAGUUGAAGCACUUGAGGAUGCCAGGGCAUCCAGGGACAAGCUAAGCUCAAAGAUUUUGCUUAAAUGUAACUGCCGUCCAAGUAUUGCUGACCCGACGAAGGAAAGCAAACCAAGAAAAAGAGACUGAGAAAGCAGAUAAGGAGAAAACAUGGGUGCACGUGUGUUCUCGUGCCAUCGGCGGAACUAUUUUUAGGAACAAAGUAUUGCAGUUCCUGUUGACUACCUCAAAGAGCAGCCACGGAGACUGUAAGAGAUCUUUGGAGGUUUACUUAAAGGAUCGCUCGGGGUCUAUUAUAGUGUCCAUUGAUCCCUGGAUGUCUUCAGCACCCAGCCAUGGGAGAGUGGACCAUUUUAGAGCGCCUCCUGGAGGCCGCUGUGCAGCAGCACUCUACUAUGAUCGGAAGGAUUUUGCUGACAGUUGUGGUGAUAUUCCGUAUCCUAAUCGUGGCCAUUGUUGGUGAAACCGUGUAUGAGGAUGAGCAGACCAUGUUUAUCUGCAACACCCUCCAACCGGGCUGCAACCAGGCCUGCUACGACAAAGCUUUCCCCAUCUCCCACAUCCGGUACUGGGUCUUCCAGAUUAUCCUUGUCUGUACACCAAGUCUGUGCUUCAUCACCUAUUCAGUACACCAGUCAGCCAAACAGCGUGACCGUCGCUACUCCUUCCUCUACCCAAUAAUGGAGAAGGACUACAGCCGUGAGGGUACGCGAAAACUACGCAACAUUAAUGGCAUUUUGGUGCAGCACUCUGAAAGUGGUGGUGGAAAGGAUGAACCUGAUUGCUUAGAGGUAAAGGAGAUCCCAAAUGCUCCAAGAGGCCUCUUGCAUGGCAAGAGUUCAAAGGUACGCCGGCAAGAGGGGAUUUCUCGCUUCUACAUAAUCCAGGUAGUGUUCCGCAAUGCACUGGAGAUAGGCUUCUUAGCAGGGCAGUACUUUCUAUAUGGCUUCAGUGUUCCUGGCAUCUUCGAGUGUGACCGCUACCCCUGCCUGAAGGAAGUGGAGUGCUAUGUAUCCCGGCCCACUGAGAAGACAGUCUUCCUAGUGUUUAUGUUUGCAGUGAGUGGCAUCUGCGUUGUGCUCAACCUCGCUGAACUCAACCACCUCGGCUGGAGAAAAAUCAAAGCUGCCAUUCGAGGUGUCCAAGCCCGCAGGAAGUCCAUCUGUGAGAUCCGCAAAAAGGACAUGGCCCACCUGUCACAACCGCCAAACCUGGGCAGGACCCAGUCCAGCGAGUCAGCUUAUGUUUGAUCUCCAUUCAUCCAAAUUUGGCAUCACAAGGAGUUGAAGAGUGGAAUGCUGAAAUGUCAAGUUGGUUAAGGUACUUGUGUAAAUGUUUAAAAUGAAGAGAGGGGGGGUGGGCUUAAUAUAGCCAUACCCCUUUCCCAUAAGCCACUCCCUCCCUCUUUGUGGCAUACAACAACGUAGCCCAGUGUUAAGCUUGUGGUAAAGACAAGAAAUGUUGGUGAUGUCUCUAAUUGGGCACAAGGAUCACAAGUGGAAGGGUGACAAGGGGAAGGCACUUGGAUUCUUUCCUCAUGCUCAGAUCUUGAGGAAAGAGGAAGGAUGAGAAAAGGAGACCACUUUUCUCCCACUCCCACUUUUCCACUUUCCUCAACCUUUGUCACUGCAAUGGUGCCAGAAGAAGAGUACUGUUUAGGAUUGCUCUCCUGGCAGUGAAUCUGUCUAAAACAAACAACUGGUGACAUAUAAACAUUGUUCCAGCAGUGGCACCCUCACUUUGACAUACGAUUGAACAAACAUUAGCAUCGUUUUUUUUUUUAUAUAUAUAUAAUCUCUCUCUGGUUGUUGUACAAACCUAAGAGAUGAUUAUUACCUCUGCGCAAAGUGUGCCCUUCCACCAAGACACCCACGGUUAUGUGUUCCAGUCAAGUAUUCCUCCCUCUUGUGGUGCAUGAAUGUGCAUUUCUAUGUAUGUACGUGAUCAAAGUUGAAAGAAUUUCUAGACUGCAGAUUCCUUCGUGUUAAUUUUCAGUUAUGUUUUGUUUUUCUCACUAAGACUGGUGCCAUUGAUUUAAACGACUGUUUAUUUCAGAUUAUUACUUAGAUAGAUUGUAACAAAGUUAGAAUAUUUAUCUUUAUUGGGAAUGGAAGCCAAUUCUGCUGAAAAGAAUUUCCAUGCUGGUCCAAGGCAGGCGUAAGCUGGUUGUUGCUAUUGUAACCGGUGGAGCUGCCUAGCCACACUUUUAAGCAGAAUAAAAAAUAAUGAAAUGGAAGGUAACCAGCAUGGUGAUUCUGGUGAUCAUGAUUGACAAAGGUAAUAGUGUUUGUUAUGAUCAUUUGUAUGCAUGGGGGAGAAACCUGUAGCUAAAAAAAGUGACGUGUUCAUAAGUCAUAAGAUAUUUCUAUCAGAUGAACUUAUUGGUCUCUUUCAAAGGCAUGUUUACAAAGCCGUAUCUGUUACACGAAAUGCAAAUUGAUGUUCAGUGUUUGUUAUUAGGAAAAUGAACAAUUUAGAGUGUUUUUCUUAGCUUUUCCUUCUUGUCACGUGUUUAUCGGCAUGCCUUUGUUAUUAACAAAAGAUGAAUCUUAGAAUAUAUAUGUAUGCAUUGCACUUUGUGGGAUGGGAAGAGUGGAUAAAAGGAGAAACUCACUCUGGGAAGGACAUUAGCGGUGGAAAAGUGAGCCUUUUGAAUUGGUCCACCCUAAAAAAAGAUCAAUUAUAAGUUUGUAGGUACUGUAUGUAUGUAUAUGUAGCUGUGAUCCACUGUGUGCCUUUGUUUACACAGUGUGGGUUAAAGCAGGGUGUAACAAAAUCACCCAGAUAAUAUCGAGUUGUCAUUCAGCCAAUACUAGCACUAGCUUAGACCCACUAUGGAAAGUACUUGUGCCUACACAGCCCUGACACCACUCUGCAAGUGCACAUGAACCCAGUGUAGACAGAACACAGUGCAGCUAACACGGGACAGCUCGCUGACGUACCGCAGACACAGAAAACACUGUCAGAGAAAAUACAGAGAGAAAGAGAGGAAACUGCAGAGGCCCUUUAAUAGCAACACAAUGAGUCCUGACUUGAAAUAAAAAAAAGGUCUUUCACAGGAAAGUGUGUUUAUGUUUAGCUUGACAUGACAUGUAGUUUAGCCACAAUUCUGAUACUGGCCAGAAUUAAGUAUGAGGAUGGACGUUGUUCACAUCUAAAUUCAAUGAGAGGUAUAAAAUAGGUCACAUUUGAGGCUUGCAAUGCGUACCAGAUUUGUUUUACUUCAAAUGUAAACAGCUCAUAAAUGAUUAGUAAAACCUUUCUGCACAACCCUUGUUGCCUCUGAGAUAAAAACCAGGUAUUCUAUGCUUACAUUUACAGUCUAGAAUUAACUCUCAUCAAGUGGCAAAUUUGAUUGAUCAGUACAUAAAUGAAGUGUCUUGCUAGUAUAUUAGGUACCUCAACAGACUGCUAUAAUGUGAUGAAGUCAUGGUUCAAGCCAUUCAAACUGCAAAUAAAACUGGGUAACACGUUAGUUUAUUAAACUAUUAAUUACUGGCUUAUUAUGUGCCUAUUAUUAAAAUAUUAGCUGUGUAUUAAUACUAAUAAAGUAUAAGAUGGUCCGUUUGUUGAAUUUAAGUUACAUUGCAUCUACAUGCCAACUAGUUCUCACUAGAUAAGUAGACUGUUAGGUUGGGGUUAAAGGGUUAAGUUGACAUGUACUUGAAAAGAUUCUUAUAGUCAGUUAAAAAUCUGUUGAAGGAACAGUAUCAACAGAUAUUAAGCAGACAGUCUACUAAUACUCAAAUGGACCAUCAAAAUAAAGUGUUACCUAAUCUUAUUCUACACCCCAAUCCUACCCAGUACAUGAAUUCAAAAAUGACCAUUCAAACUAUUAAUAAGCA